GUUGGAAACAGUCGCUGCGUCGCGCGCGUGACGCGUCUGGGCCGCUCUGAAGCAGCGCAGGCGCAUCUCCGCACUGCCCGCCACCUGUGCUCUGAGUACCAGUGCGUAACAUGCAGCGCUCCUUAAUAGCAUUGGCGCUCUGCGCGACGGCGGCCGCGGGCCCCUUCGGCAAGAAGACCAUCAAAGUGGGAGACACGGUACCGUCCGUGGAGAUCGACUUGGGCUUCCCGCCGUCGAAGGUCAACGUCCUCGAGUACACCCAACAAAAGACGGUGAUACUAAUGGGCCUGCCGGGAGCCUACACGCCGACCUGAUCCUCGGUGCAGAUUCCCGGGUACUUGGAGCACCAGGCAGCUCUCAAGGCCGCGGGCGUGGAGGAGGUGAUGGUCUUUUGCGUCAACGACGGCGCCGUGAUGACGGCAUGGCAGAAGGACCAAGGGGCCGACGAGUCUCUCUUAACCUUCUACGGCGAUCCCAGUGGAGCGUUGACGAAGGCUUUGGGCAUGGUCUUGGACCACCCCGGGCCCCAGGGCAAAGGGUUGUUCGGAAGGACCAAGCGCUUCGCGGCCAUUGUCAAAAAUGGUGUGGUCAAGGCCCUGGAGAUCUCGGAACGGCCCGACGAUCCGGCUGGAGACGACUACCCCGAGUCGUCCUGCGCGCCGUCGAUGCUCGAGCACCUGGCCAAACUCGCCAAGAGCGAGCUCUAAAUCUAUCCUGAAGCGCCUGGCGUCUGUGACGUUCUUGCCGCGAUGACUUGCUACAUCUCAACGUGGAUGUGGCGAUGACGACGGGCCGGCGCGCGCCGCCUACGCGCGACCGGGCCCGGGCGAGGCCGUCGUUGGACGUCAGAAGCUCCCCUAGUCCCCC